AUUUGAUUAGAUAUAUAAUCAAAUAGAAAAUCCAGAAAAUACUUAUUAAAUUAAAUAAAAAUACAAAAAAUUCAAAAUAACUACCCAAUAUAACGACCACCUUAAUCACACACCGUCACACGCCAUUAACAACAGAGCAGAGCAGAGCAAAGAAAGUAACUUUCUCUUCCUCUCUCUAUCCCAAACACACACAUACAAAAAUGGCUGAGCUUGAGAGUCCAGGAGUAAUGCCAAAGCUAAUAGCCUUCUUAUCUUCACUGCUAGAACGAGUUGCCGAGUCCAACGAUCUGACCCGGCGAGUCACGACUCAGUCGCAGAGUGUUUCCGUGUUCCACGGGCUGAGCCGGCCGACCAUUACGAUUCAUAGCUACCUCGAGAGGAUUUUCAAAUACGCUAAUUGUAGUCCUUCUUGCUUCGUCGUGGCUUACGUUUAUCUCGACCGUUUCACUCAGAGACAGCCUUCUCUUCCGAUCAACUCCUUUAACGUUCAUCGUCUCCUCAUUACCAGUGUCAUGGUCUCCGCAAAAUUCCUCGAUGAUCUGUACUACAACAAUGCGUAUUACGCCAAAGUGGGAGGGAUAAGCACGAAAGAGAUGAAUCUUCUUGAGCUUGAUUUCUUAUUCGGGUUAGGUUUCGAUUUAAACGUGAAGCCAAACACGUUCCACGCUUACUUCUCUUAUCUUCAAAAGGAAAUGACUCUUGUUCAACCCCUCUCUCUCGUUGUUGUCCCACCAAGAUCUGUCAUUACCUUCAACGACGAAGAAGCUUCUCAUCAGAAACAACAACAGCAGCAACUCGCUGUUUAAUUCACACAAGAUUCCAACAAAAAAAAAAAUCCAAGUGGCUUUUUUUUUGGUUCUCUGUUCUUAAUCAGUCUGGUCCUUGUUUUUAAUGAAAUGUGUAGUUGUAGAUGAUGUAGAGAUUAGUCGGCAGGGACUCUUAUCUUGUCUUAAUCAGAUCCUGAUUAUUGAUCAUUUCUCUCUAUAUAUUAUAUCAUAUAUGUUUAGAUGUGGACAUGUGUGACAUAGUUCAUCUUUA